AUGUCUAACCUGGAAGGCGCCAGAGCAUAUGAGACCAUUGUAGAGAGUGUGAUCAAUGAGGUGAGAGAAGACUUUGAAAGCGCGGGCAUCGACGAACAAACACUGCAAGACUUGAGACUAGUGUGGCAGAAUAAGCUUUCAGAUAGCCGUGUAGCAAAGUUCAUGUGGGACCCGGAGGAUGAGGACGCCGGAUUGAACUCACAGCUGCACAAUUCACACAUAGCACCCAGCUUGAUGGAGCCUCACAGCCUGGCAAUGCCAGAAUUCGCAUCGCCUGGAGAAGACAAAGCAGCGGGUGCAAGUUCACAACAACAGCAGCAGCAGCAACAACAACAACAAAUGCAACAACAGCAACAACAACAGCAACAACAACAGCAACAACAACAACAACAACAGCAGCAGCAGCAGGGAAUCGAGGCUCACUCCUUGAUGACACAGACCAAGCAGGAGGACCAGCAGCCGAAAGAAGAGAUUGAGCUGACAAUGGGCGACUCAGACGGACAGAUUGCAGAGCAGCUGAAGCUGCAGGCCAAACAGGCCAAGAAAAGUGCACUGCUGGAGACAGAUGAGAUCAACUCAGACCUCGACGACUCUGAAGACGACUACCUCAACUCUUCUGGCGACGACGAGGGCCAAGACGAAAACAUCGUGCUGUGUCUGUACGAAAAGGUACUGCGGGUCAAGAACAAGUGGAAGUGCAACCUGAAAGAUGGGCUGGCGACCAUCAAUUUCAAGGACUAUGCAUUUCAGAAAGCCCAGGGAGAAACGGAGUGGUGA